UUAUUAUUUGUAGAAGGUACUAUAAUUAUUACCACUGAUUUUGAUCUACGCAUAUGCCAAUUGUCUUUUUAAACUAAGUUAGUAAAUUUAAAUUGUUGCUUCAAAAUUAAUUACAUUACUAAAAAUUAUCAAGGUACUUUAAUCUUUAUUUACUAUAACUAGAAAGUUAUUACCCACAUUUUUUAUUACUAUUGUCGAAUGUAGAAGCCACAUUAAGGUAUUUAACACAAAAAGUAGAAUAAAUUGUCUUUACUGGAUUAAGCCAAAAAAUAGUAUAAGAAUAAUUAAAAUAAUAUUUUAAAAAGUUUUAGCUAAUAUCAGUCCUAUUAAUGAAAAAUUUGCAUAAAUAAAUUUCAGUCCUUUAUUACGCUGGAUUAUACUCUUGAAUUUUCUUACAUAUUUUUGAAAAUUCUGGUUUUGUCGGUAAAAUGUAAUCAUAUGACGGCAUAAAUUUCAUAUGACAAAAGAACCGAAAAGAAAAUGGCUUUGCAGAAAGGAAAACUCAUAUCAGUCAUUGGAGAUGAGGUAAAUCUGUGUUAUGUUGUAAUUCUGAAAUAUAAAUAUGUAAUAAAAAACGAAAAUAAGCUUCAUUAGUCCUAACGCACGUUAACCCUUUCGGGACGGAGCCUGUUCGGGGUGUCUGUGCCAAAAAUUGAAAAAGACAGCACUUUUUACGAGCUCGCCACUCUCACGGAGUCACUCGCAUUGCUGCAAAAAAAUUUAAAACGAAUAAACUUUUUACUUUACAUAUAUAAAACUGGGUGAAAGUGCAGUUCAGGAGCGUAUAUUAUUUCUUAACGCAUUUCGUAUUUUAAAAAUUUGUAUCAUGUAAACUUACUUGUAUUCUUUAAUAAUUAAAUACAGGCAGGCAGUUAUACAAGUUAUAGUUCACUAAUGCUGAAUUAUAAGUCACAUCUUUUCUUUUUAUUUUACUUCUAAAGAGUUUUUAACCAUCCCCCAACAAAAUGAGACAGCCCCAUUUGUUUGUAUUUUUCUUUUCACCCUAUGCCAGAUUUUUAAGCCACCUAUGUUAGUAUGAUAAACGAAAUUUUCAAACUGUAACCAUGUUCACAAAAAAGAAUGAAAUACUAGAUUUUUCAUUACGCACAAGCCCCCCCCCCCCACCACCACUUUCUUUUUUUCACCCCAGAGCGCUCGGGAUAUAGGGGUUGUCCUUUGAAGUUGGGUGAGGGGGGGGGAUUAGAAGUGGAUCACUGACUAAGGCGGUGGAUACACACGUCAUCAUUGUCCUGGACCGGGAGGGAAGCUGAAAAAAGAAAAGGAGGGGUGGGGGGUUGCUAAAUUUUCAAACUGUAACCAUGUUCACAAAAAAGAAUGAAAUACUAGCUUUUUCAUUACGCCCCAGCCCCCCCCCCCCCACCACCACUUUCUUUUUUUCACCCCAGAGCGCUCGGGAUAUAGGGGUUGUCCUUUGAAGUUGGGUGAGGGGGGGGGAUUAGAAGUGGAUCACUGACUAAGGCAGUGGAUACACACGUCAUCAUUGUCCUGGACCUGGAGGGAAGCUGAAAAAAGAAAAGGAGGGGUGGGGGGUUGCACGAAUACAUGCCAAUGUGUGAUCACGUGUCCACUUAAAAAAAAUAUAUAUUUGUGACGUUGCACAAAUGGGGGAAAUCGGAAUGAUAGGGUGGGGUCAUUUUGAUUGUCAUCUCAUCCUGAAGGCUGCUAAUACGCUGUCUGUGAUUGGUCAGCUCUAAUCUGACUACCCCUCCUCUUUUUUCAUAUGCAAAUGCUCUUAUUAAUGGUGAAUUCUUUGCGCUGAGUAAAGUGAGGGCUAGUGAUUAUUUUUUUUAUAUUAUAAGACAGACUCGUUUUGGCUUUGCCAUAUUGCUGGUUGUAGGAUCAUUUUGUUUAAAAUGGCAGGACGACCAAGAAACAAUAACUAAAAUUGUUGAUGCAACGGGCAUUUUAAAUGGUGCAGCAUUUGGUUUAAACGCGUACCUUGUGGGGCAACAAAUAAUGUUAUUACAACUGGAAUUUCUCCUAAGGUGCUCGUAACAAUUGCAAUGUGGCUUGUAAGCUGGGUUCGUAUGUCAAGUAUGUGAGCUCCCUAUAAUUACCGGGAUCUGCAUAUCACCCGAAACGGGAUCUUACCCAAAAUGGGAUCUCACCGUAACCGGUAUCCCACCGGGAUCGGUAACCCACUGGAUCGGGAUCCCACCGGGAUCAGGAUCUCACUUGGAUCAAAAUCCUAUCGGGAUCGGAAUCUCACCGAAACGGGAUCCCACCGGAAUCGAGAUCCCACCGGAUUGGGAUCUCAUUUAGUUUGGGAUACCACCGGAAACGGAUCUCAUCGGGAUUGGUAUCUUACCGGGAUCGGGAUUCCACCAUGACCAGGAUUCUAUCGGAAUCACAUCAUGAUCCUUCCGGGUGCCAUCGGAAAACGGGAAAAACGAAAAGUUUACAUAAGUUAUUUUAAGUGUUUUUAUAGGAGACAAAUUAAUUAUUAUUAUUUUUUUUAGUGUUGUUUUGUUGUUGACAUUUCCUUUAAUAGCAAUGUGAACUAAAAGGACGUAGCAGAUGUUUUUUUCUGAAUGCAGCCCCAGGCAACUCCGGUUACAGUUGAUAGUAAAGUUAUAAAAUAAAUACAUUAUUUAUUUUAACUAGAUUCAUCCAAUUGGGCAACUUUUAUAAAGUAUCUUUAAAGACAGAAGAGUUAUCCUUGAUUUACCACAACAGCUCCGUAAAACAUGAAAGAUUAAUAAAAAUGUGCUUUUUUUAUCUCGUAAAAUUUGUUAAAUUGUUGUUGCAUUCCAAUAAAAAGAUGGUACAUAACUUUUAAAAUACUUUUUAUAAAGAAUUAACAUAAGUUUACACGGGAAAAUAAGAGAUUCAAACAGAAAUAAUAUAUGCACCUGAACUGCACUUUUACCUAAAACUGUAGGUAAUCUACCACUUGAGCGUUGGCCCAGAAAAAAAUCCAGCUGUUCCGGUUGGAAGGGCUAUUUAAACAACUAUUCUUAUAUUAUUUUUAAUGACAUUGGUUGUAGUAUUCAUUCCCAUAAUAAAAAAUUGAAAAUUGAAUUAUGCAUAGUUCUCCCCCAGGAUACAAUGAAAUUUAAAAAAAUAUAAUUUCCAGGAAAACGGUUGUGGUAUCCACGUAAAUAUGAAGGGGAAAGAUCACUGGCGCUUCUUGUGCCAAACUGUCUUUUCAGUUUACGCUUUCUGAGCAUUCACGUUUUCCACAUUCUGCGUGUGGACAUCCGCGUCAUCUGGAUCAAAAUCAAUAAUUGUUGUCUCUUUUUCUUCCUGGCAUAUCGGUAGCUUGGCAGUAAUAAUUUAAAUGUAUAAGUAUUGUGCUAUAUAACUUUAUAGCCUCUAUACGGCAGCAAAAAUAUUAACGACUCGAAUGUAAGAAUAGUUGUUUAAAUGGCCCUUCCAACCGGAACAACUGGAUUUUUUCUUGGCUGACGCUCAAGUGGUAGAUUACCAAACUGUAUAUAUUCUUGUAGGAACUAAUAAAAUAUUUAUAAAUCAAACUGAAAUCUCAACAUUCAUGCAAAUGAGCUAUCCCCACUUGCAUAAUUUAUGUGUGAAAUUUUUUGGGAAACAGGACCCAUGGAGGCACCCCUGGCACAUAGUUAUACUCCUUUUCCUGCCCCCAGGUGUUUCUACUGACAGAUCAGUCCUUCUCACAGUAAAUUUUGAGUUAACGGUAUGGGUUUUGCCAAUGAGUUUUCUCACAGUAAAUGCAGUGACGACACUUUAGGGAAUCCCAACACUGGACUUAAGAUGAAUAGACCUAUUCUUUGAAGGACCCGAACGAUGUGUGUUAUAAUAUUCCUGUUCUUUAUUGAGUUUGAGCUUUACUGGUGUCAUAAACAAUGCAGUUAAUAUGAAGUACAUUGAAAUGAAAUUUUCCAUAAUUUGUCUUAAAAUUCAACUUAACGUUUCAAAAGAAAGGAAAAAAGAAACACAUCCUUGCUGUUACCCCAAGACCCAACACCGGUGAAAAAAAAGAUGCACGCCAAAAUUGAGGGUAGACCCCUCCCUCGCUUUAAAUACCAAAAUAAGAAACAAAGAAAUCCUCUGGAGUCCCUAGAACUAGAACCCCUUCCUAAUUCAACAAAAAAUAUAAAUAAGAAAACAAAAACUUGCAUCAUGUAAAUACAAACAUCGAAAUCUUUUUAGUAUGGCACUGUAGACGGAAGUGGACCUGGGAGAACCUCAAUGACCUAUAUACCGUGGAACACAUGGUCGGCCUUACCGCUAAUUCAAAAUCAGCCCCUUUCACCAUUGUGCACCCAAUUAUGGAUAGAGAAUUGGGUGGAUGAUUUAAAAAAUAGAAAUCUUUUUUAAAUUCUUUUCAUAAAUUCUUUUCAGGACACAUGCAUUGGCUUUGUUCUUGGUGGAAUUGGAGAAAUGAAUAAAAACAGAAGCAGUAACUUCAUGAGUGUAGACAAAAGUGAGUGCAAGAUUAAUUUUUGGAAGGCCACAAAGGCCCACUAUUUCAACAUCAUUUAAAACUAAAAUCUUUAUGAGAUCAAUUGCCAGAAAUCAUUUGCAGAAUUGCAAUAUUUAUUUCAAUAUUUUUUUUUUUUGCUUAAGAUUAAAAUUGUUUUUACUUUAAUGCUCUGACAGUCUUUUAAGUCUACUAAUGGCAGCUGACAUACUUUUUCAGAUACAAGCAUUGGAGAAAUCGAAGAAACCUUUAAAAGCUUUUUAAAGAGAGAUGACAUUGCCAUUAUCCUUAUAAACCAGAAUGUAAGUCUUGUGAAAUGCUUAGUUAAAUAAGGUUUUGUAAAAUUUAAAAAGAACAUAUAGAAAACCAUAUCACCAGUCUAAUUAUUUACUUUGGAUUUGAGGUUAGUAAAACCAUUUGUUAACAUCUUUUUCUCUGUAGGCUAAUUGAAAAUGUGUUUUAGAUGUCAGAGUUUUAACUGGUUUUUAAUUGUAAUUAUACUUAUCCAUUACCCAAGUUAAUUUACCUAUGCACACUGUAAACUUAAUUAUUUGUUAACAUUUUAUAAUGACACAACUUUCAGAUAGCUGAGAUGAUUAGACAUGUUAUAGACUCCCAUGAUCUGCCCAUUCCAUCAAUUUUGGAAAUCCCCAGCAAAGAUUCACCAUAUGAUCCUUCUAAAGACUCUAUCCUUAGAAGAGCAAAGGUAAAAUAACAAUGCCUAGGACUCUUACAAUUUAAUAUCUACCGUAGUUACAGAAGUUUGUUUAUGUUAUUAGUUAAGAGUAUGGGAACUGUAAUGUAGGAACAGAUCAACAAAUGCAUAAUCAUUCUGGCAUUUGUGAUGCAGACCUGCCUACCAAUACAAAUUUGGACCAUUGAUAAAAAUAUGAUUUCAGAGUGAAAAAAUUAAUUUUAACCACUCAUAUUUAGUAUUGUUUGAACAAUUAAUGUUAGCUGAAUUUCUUGGAAGCCUUGUCCUUAAGUUUUACCUUCUGUUUUGCAAUCUCUGAUUGGUUAUGAUUACAUUAAAUAUAUUAAAAGACCAAUAGCACUUAAGUAUAUAUGAUAGUAAGCAAGUAAAACAGAACAAAUACUCUGGGCCUCAUUUAACCUAGUCCUGCCUAACCUAAUUUUGAUGUAAACUCUGUUUAGUGUCUUAGUAAAUUAGUAUAACAAAUUUUUUUAACAAGAUAAAAAGUGAAAAUUUCAGUUGUUAGUAUUAAUUUUAGGAAGCCUAAAAAUAUGACUGGGUAUAAGGGUCUGGUGAUCAUAUUUUGUCUGAGACAUGUUUUUCAUCUAUUUCACCUACCAUGAAAAACCAGGCAGUUUGAAAUCAAUAUAUUUGAUGAAAAGCCACUGUACCUAAAGUACCUUGAACACAGACUUUAAUAGGCAUUUUCAUUUAUUCAUUUGGUGUGGGAAAGUUUAAGCAAACAUAUUUUUAUAGUUGCAUUUUUUCUCUGGUAAAAUUUUAUUGUAGAAACUUUUUUCCCCCUCCCAAUUGCACAGGGUAUGUUUGCAGCAGAGGACUUCAGAUAAACAAAAUUCCAGGAUUCUGUGCUUCAUCAAGACUGAUCCAAGUUCCUUUUAACUAUUUAUUUGUAUAUAUAACCAAGUUGGUAUAAAUGUAAGCUGUAUGAAUGUUAGGUGCAGUGUAUAUCAAAUAGUAUGGAAAGAAAUUAAGUAUUUAGAAAAGGUAAAGAAUUCAGCAUCACAGAAAAUACCAAAUGAUGUUCAAUGUUCCAUUUGUAUUUAUGUUCCAUCUUGUUAUCCAAGAUUAUAAUGUACAUUUGUAUUUAUUAUCUUAAAAAUAUAAAUUUAGAAUUACAACAUUAUAUAUUUGAGACCCACAUUGUGAUAAUCAACUCAGAAUAAAGCUAGGGAAUAUAUUAUCAUAAAUUGCUAAUAGAAUGAAUGUUUUGAAGUGAAAGCUUAUACUUAUAUCUGCUAACAAGUUUCAAGAGGAAUAAAAUGUGAUUAAAAACAUAUGGGGUAAAUGUGUUGAUUAUAAUCAUAUGCUGGUCAUGAGAAGAAAAAAAAAGUCUUGAAUAUUGUUACAAUAGAUUUAAUAACAUCUCUUUUUCACAUUUUAAUAACAAAGCACAAUUUGAUUUCUCAAACAUUAAACAAAGAACAUUCAUCUAUAAUAAUUUAUAUAUGCAUGUAAUUCCAUUGCACUGAAAGUAACCUUUUGCCUGUAAUCAGCAGGAGAUUUCUUUCUGAAAAAUGUAAUUAAUGUUUUUAAUCUUUAUGAAUUAUAAUUAUCACUCAUAACUUUUUUAAAUUAUAAGAACCCAGCAAACAUGGCUGUAAAAUUAAUGUGUGAUUUUUUUUUUACACAUUAUUUUCUAACAAAGUAAACAAUGAAUCCUUUUUAAAGUGAAACACAGGUACAGCAUAUGUCUCCCUAACAAUGUACAAUAAAUUGUACAUUCCAAUGCUGCCCAAUCAUUGCAUUUGCUACCCAUAGCAAGGCUGUUAAUUUCUUGUGGCUUAUAUAACACUAAACAUUGGCUAGAAUUUCUCAUAGAAAAUAAAAUAUAUUAAUGUGGACAAAAAGUUGUUAAAAUUAUUCUUAAAAAACAGCACUAUCUAAAAAAAAAAAGUAGCAGAAAUUAAGAUAUGAGCCAAAAUGUGCAUCCCAUUCUUAUACUUAUACCAAUGAUCAAAAGAAAUGUGUGCAUGUUGACAUUCAUACAAAGCACCAUUAUAUCAUACCUCAAUUAAAAAAAAAAAAGGAAAGGUCUGUAUGUGGACUUGUAUUACAAGAGGUUUACAUAUUUAAGUUCAUCUCAAAACAGAAUACGAAUUCAACACAUCUCCCAAACCAAACAUUAAGAUCAACUUAAAAUGAACAGUCCCUUUAAAAGAUGGCAGGAUAGGUUUUCAUAUAUAUAUACUGUAGAACCCGGUUAUGUUGAUUAACUCGCCAACCCUGUUAUGUCGACGAUUUGAAGUGGAACUUUCAAAUUCUUUGUCUUAGUAUUUUCUCCUCUUUUAUGUCGCUGAACCCCGAUAUCUCGAGCACAAAAGGCAGCUAAAUUUGCCACUUAACCUCGGUUAUCUCAAUCCCCAUGAACAAUCACUGCUUUUGAAAAUUAUAUACAACAGAAACAUGCCUACUUCAAACUGUAGUAAUUGAAAUGUCAAUAUCGUUGGCGCAAUUAACUUGACACAGCAAGACGCAAGAGGCUUGCAAUCAAAAUAGAGAGGUUGCAGUACCUGUUCUGUUUAUAGCGAACUCGCUUGUCGCUUAAUAGGCUUUCCUGUGUUCUUACAUGAUUUUUUAAAAAACCCAGAAUCUGUAUUUCAAUAAACUGAACUGGCUGAAAAAUAUUUAGCCUCACAAAUCCGGAAUUCUGGGACAAUCCAGAAAAGUGGCACCCCACAUAUGCCUUGUGUUGUUAGCAAAUAUGUAUGUAAAUUUUAUAGCAUGCCGAUCGUUUCAUCAAAUUGCAGUAACGCUGUUGUGUAAAAAAAAACAAAAAAAAUCCAAAAACAUGUGAUUGUACAUUCUCAUUUAUAAACGCACAUCAUGUACAUAAAGAAAUUUCAAGCACAUGUUAAUAUAAUAUAAUGCCACCAUACUGGUUUUAGUUAAUCUCAAUCAUCUGUUAUCGCAACGUUUUUUUUGGCAAACUCCGAGGCCGUCGACAUAACCGGUUCUACUGUAUUCCAAAUAUAUGAAAGAAUAAUUACUCUUCAAAAAGUUUAGCUUAAGUUUUCAUAAUAAAAAUUGUGUAAAUAAUUUUGACUCGAUAUCUUUGCCCAUUAACUUUUUUUUGAAGUAGAUUAAAUAUUUGAAAUUGAAAUACCUUGUGAGAUUUAGUUUUAAAUGCCUCAAAACUUUGAUAAAACUAGAAUAUAUAGGCAUGCCUUUACAGACAAAGGCUAUGGCAGCAACAAAAUUGAAUGAGGAAUGUCAUGAAACCCACAAUGGGACAAAAACAGCCUUUAGUUUUAAGCACAAUAAAUUGAAUAACUAAGUUAAUAAAAAGAAUUCAAAAAAAGAAAACUAAAAGUUUUAGAUUAAUAAAUUGUGGUUCAUCAUCAUAUAUGUCUCUGAUAUCACAUUGCCUUCUGUUUAGAGCUGUCCUUAAAUUUCCAAACUUAUUUGUUCAGACCAUAAUUGUACAAUGUUGUGAGUUUUCUCUCCAAGCAAACAGAUGAAAUCUACAAAAAAUGUUUAUUCAAUAAAGCAAUUG